CUCAGCUGAAGCAGAGGUCUCUCCUCGGCCCUGGGCCGCGGCUGCCGCUGUCCGUAGUGCUGAAAAAGCAGCACCGAGCGGAAGCCCCACCCCGAGGAGCUGCGCAGCGCGGGGCGGGCCGUGCGGCGGCAUGGCGGAGCGCUGCGCCUGAGGCGGCAUGGAGGCGGAUUUCGCCGCUUUCGGCAGCCCGCUGUGCGGCGAGCUCAAGCGCUUCUGCAAGCGGGCUGGCACCGAUGCGAUUGUAUACGCUGUCCAAACGACAUUUUGUCCUGGUCUUUGUAGUAUUCUUUGUCUGUUUUGGUUUGACAGUCUUCAUAGGAAUAGCAGGUCCUAAUGUAAUUGAAACUUCUGUAGCGAGAACUGACUUAAAUAACAGCAUAAAGCUGAAGCCUUUUAAUUUAAGUUCACCGCCACUGUCUACUUAUAACCAACAACUGUGGCUGACCUGUGUAGUCGAGUUGGAUCAGCAUGAUGUAUCACUCAAAAAGAACGUUACUAUGACAGUCAAAGUGCUUGGAGUGGUGAAGGAUGGAAGCACCCCCUACGUUAAUAAUCAGGUUCACAACCGGACACGGUUGCUCAAUUGUGCACAGAAAUGCAGUGAAAUCAUUGUUGCUCACCUGGGCUACCUGAACUACACUCAGUACAACAUAUUUGUUAGUUUUGAAGAUCUAAAUAAGUUAACGUAUGCAAUACAGAAUAUUACUUUCACAUGGAAGACGUACAAUCCAACAUUUUCACAAGUGGAAAUCUGGUUCCGAUUUGUCUUUGUAGUUCUCACCUUUAUGGUCACGUGUCUGUUUGCACAUUCUCUACGAAAAUUCUCCAUGAGAGACUGGGGUAUUGAACAGAAAUGGAUGUCUAUCCUCCUUCCUCUCCUCCUGCUUUACAACGACCCAUUUUUCCCCCUUUCUUUUCUGGUGAACAGUUGGUUUCCUGGAAUGCUGGAUGACCUAUUCCAAUCACUGUUUCUGUGUGCGCUGUUAUUGUUCUGGCUUUGUGUCUACCAUGGUAUAAGAGUACAGGGAGAAAGGAAGUGCUUAACCUUCUAUCUGCCCAAAUUCCUUAUUGUUGGACUAUUGUGGCUUGCCUCUGUUACGUUAGGAGUAUGGCAAACUGUUAAUGAAGUACAUGAUCCUACAUAUCAAUACAGAGUUGACACAGGUAAUUUCCAGGGAAUGAAAAUCUUCUUCCUUGUGGUGGCAACCACAUAUAUUCUCUACCUUCUGUUCCUGAUAGUGAGAGCAUGUUCAGAACUCCGUAACAUGCCUUAUGUUGAUCUCAGGUUAAAAUUCUUGACUGCAUUAACCUUCGUAGUGCUCGUCAUUAGCAUUGUUAUACUCUAUUUACGCUUUGGAGCACAAGUUCUACAAGACAACUUCGUUGCUGAGCUGUCAACUCAUUAUCAGAAUUCAGCAGAAUUCUUAUCAUUUUAUGGUUUAUUGAACUUCUAUCUCUACACAUUAGCCUUCGUCUAUUCCCCCUCAAAGAAUGCGCUGUAUGAAUCACAGUUGAAGGACAAUCCUGCUUUUUCUAUGCUGAAUGACUCAGAUGAUGAUGUGAUUUAUGGGAGUGACUAUGAAGAAAUGCCACUUCAGAAUGGCCAAGCUAUUAGAGCCAAGUUUAAAGAAGAAUCAGACAGUGACUGAUGGAGUGAUUUUGAUAUAGACAGACUUGUUCAGAUGAAAUUAAAGCAGUUUUGAAGUUUUCCUAGAUGGACCACUUCCUUGGCUUACAGUCUGCUGUCAUCUGAAUAUGGAAUUCCAGGAAGGACAUUCUGCUUCUGUUUCUGUUUACAAAGGUAAAGCUGAAAAGAAUGCUUGAAAAGGUUGUGGUGGGAACUCAAGGAAACCAAAAUUUAUAUGCGUCUUACAAAAUGCCUGAUGGCAGGAUGUCUCUGGACUAAUAUUUAAGUCUGUGUCCAUUUUGAGGUGUCACAGGUUACGUACGGAUCUUAAAAUUGCUUCUUUGCUGCUUGGUGGCUUGUUGUUGUUUCCCCUCCCCUUAGGAUUAUGUAGAGCACAGCAUCUUAAACCUCUUGCAUUUUUUUCUAGCUCCUUUUCUGUUGUUCACUGCUGUAUGAAGUGCCUCUUUUCCCUUUCAUUUUUCUACCUUAGUCAUUUAGACUGGAGGCAGGGAUCGAUGUGCUUUAAGGUUCUUUCUCCUGCCUCUGUUUUGUUUUUUUUUAAUAUUAUUUCUUGGAAAUGCAGAAAAUCAAAAGCUUCCCAUUCCUCCUUCUAAAAGGUCUUCAAACCAUUGUUUUAACUCCAUUUAAAUGGGAUUUACCAGAUAUGUUACAAGCGCGGGAUAUGUGCAAAUAGGUUCUAGUGAGCAAAAAUGGGCUGUGGUCCAAAGUUAUUUGUAUGAUACAGGUUUCAUAACAUGCUUUACCACCCCAGCAAAACUGUUUGUUUUGUUAUUGUUGUUGUUUUCAAUAGCCCUUUAAAUAGAAAAUAUUUAGGCAGAAGUAAACCUCCGAAGGAAGUCAGAACUUUUGUGUGUGUGUGUUCUGGAGGAGAUUGUUACGCUUAAAAGAAUACAGUAUAAAGUUCCACUUCAUAUUUCCAAACAUUUCAUUGUAGAUGCUUUUUCUACAUCAGACUUUUUCAUGAAGUUGUAUUUAUUGGCAGUUUUUAUGCUUUCUGGGAAUAAUUACAGGUGCUUAUGCCUUGAAGUUGCUUAACAGCUUUUGAGCACGUUCUGUGCAUAGCUCAACUUCUCUGUCAUA